AUGUACGUACCUCUACCGCACAGCUACGGCAUCUUUCAACCGUCAUCUGCACCGCCGACAGCGACGAGCAACUGCACAUCGGUCAACUCUAACCUCUCGACACUUACCAAGGAGCACGUACUUGUCGUAUCAUCAGUCAUGGGCCGAGAAGAACAAAUCGAAGAGCGCGAGGUGCUCGACUCCAUCUUUCCAGAUGAGAUCACAGAUAUCUCAGAGACGGAAUACAGAAUAACAAUCGUACUCGAUGUGCUCGGCGACGAGGACCCGCCCAUCAUGAUUCUCCAAGUCCGCUACCCCGAAAAUUACCCCGACGAGCCGCCCAUGCUCGACCUGCAAUCGACGCCCAACGCUCCCCCACACGAGUGGUUCAACGUCUCUCAAGACAAGGAGCGCCUUCUUCAAGGCCUGGAAGAGACGAUACAGGAGAAUCUUGGUAUGGCCAUGAUCUUCACAGUCGUCACCACAUUGAAGGAGGCCGCCGAGACCCUCAUCGAGGAGCGCAAGCAGGUGAAGGAGAAGGAGCGCGAAGAGGCCGUCCUUGCCGCUGAGCGUGAGGAGAACAAGAAGUUCCAGGGCACCCCCGUCACGCCGGAGACGUUUCUCAAGUGGCGCGAUGACUUCCUCAAGGAGAUGGCAGAGCUGCGGCAGAAGGAGGAGGAGGAGCGCCUGGCGGAGCUGAAGAAGGCCAAGGUCAAGGAGCCCGUGAAGCUGACGGGAAGGCAGCUAUGGGAGCGUGGUUUGGUUGGCAAGGUCGACGACGAAGACGACGAAGGCGGGCUUACCGAAGGUGUUGAGAAGCUCAAGGUCGAGGCGGCGUAG